AGCAAUUGCUGCUUUUUUAUGUAAAAAUGGUCUAACUAAAUUCAUGUAUAUAUAUUUUUAUAAAACAUAAGUUGUACUUGAUAGAGUGCUUAAUCAGGUUUAAAGAAGAGGGGGAAUUAGUAUAUAACUGAGUGUGAUUCAUACGCGUUACAUAUCCUAGACAUAAGAUUUGCAGUGUUUAUUUUGAAUGUGUAACUCUGGAAACAGUCACCUAAAAAUAGGAAAACGUUCUUUUACAACAAGCUUGUUUUUAAAGCAAGGGGGAAAAUGUAUAUUUACUAUUUCUUUAAAAAAUUUUAUGCGAGUGUUUGCUACUAAGACGUAAAGAUAAGAUGUUAUUUGCUAAUCUAGAAGUGUGUAUAAGGUUGUAAAUUGUAAUUCUCCCCAAGUAGGAAUAUGUACUAGUUAAUAUAUGCUUUACGCAUGCAAGUGUGGACCCACUUAUACUUGAGAACAGAAUUUGCUAUGAAGGCAGAGUAAGAAGAAGGAUUUUGCAUCUAGCAAUGCAAGUUUGGUAUUUUACCUUUUCACAAUUAACAUAUAAAUCAAGAUUCCCAGUUCAUGGGUAAUAUUUGCUAUAUGGCUAUUGAAGUUUCUAAUCAUAUAAACAGUAGGAGAAUCAUAGUCUCACAAAAUUUGAAUAUAUUCUUAACAAAUAAACUUGUUUUUUCAUUAUUUGGAAAAGAGUGUAUAUUAAUCCUCUUUCAUAUAUGUACGAAUUUUACAUUGAAAUGAUUAAUCCAUCUCUUUUUCUCUUAAAAUAGUGGAAACAAAUUUAUCAUUUUACACAGUAAGAUUAUUUUAUGACAUGGUUAGGAAUUUAAAAUAUAUGAAAAUGCUAGAAAAUGAAAUGGGAUAUAGUAAUUUGCGCACAGGAUCAAAUGCUUUAAAGUUGGGAAAGGAAUUAAACGAAGAUACUAAAACCCCAUUGUAAAUAGAGUUAAAGAACUCAAAUUGUUUAUGUGCUUCAUGUUCUGAAGCCAAACUACUCUCUUUUCAUCACAACACAGAACAAAACAGAGAGAAAGCAGAGCAGUGGGAAAAAGAAUGUUUUAGUCUCUCAAGACUGAUUGAUUCAUGCUCUAUGCCUACGGCUUUCAAGAGAAAACUCGAUCUCCAUCGGCGGCAGGGCCGAACGAACCCCUUGAUCUGGCUAGCAGCGAUCCUAUGCACCAUCAUAGCCAUAGCAGUUGUGAUUGCAGGGAUAGUAGUUUUCAUCGCAUACUUGGUCAUCCAUCCAAGAGUACCUGUGAUCAGCAUCACCAAUGCUCAUUUAGACCUUCUCCGGAACGACUACGCCGGCCUCCUCCAGACACAGCUCACAGUCAUUGUGAGGGCUCACAAUGGCAAUGCCAAGGCUCAUGCUACUUUCUCUGACAUAAGCUUCAACAUCAGCUUCCAAGGCCAAGGCAUAGCCGUCCUCGUUGCGGAUUCUUUGGAGGUUCCUAAGAAUAGUACUAAGGAUCUUAACUAUGUUAUUCAGUCUUCUUCCAUUCCUUUGACUCCUGAUCAGAUGGAGAAAGUAGAUGAUUCUUGGAAGAAGAAUGAGAUUGCCUUCGAUUUCAAGGGAAAUGCAAGGACUCGGUGGAGGAUAGGGCCUGUAGGAUCUGUUAAGUUCUUGUGCCGCUUGAACUGUCAACUCAAGUUCCAUCCUUUGAAUGGCAGCUACAUUCCAAAUAGGUGCACCUCAAAAUCAAAAUGAAUCUCUUCUUAUUCUCCUCCUUCUUUCAUAAUUCAACUUACAUAUUCUUAGUUUUCUUGCCUAUGUAGAUAUUAUUUCAGCUAAUAAAAUUCAGUAUCUAUUCUUAGAUUCUUUGCUUUUCAAGUAGAUUGUCAUGUUUUA